AUGAUGCUCUUCUUAGUGCUGUCAUUGCUCCUCUUAGCAAAAAAUGUGAAAGCAACCUUUGAUAUUCCUCAUCCUCUUUCUAUUGCCUCCUCAUUCUCCCACAUCUACCACCAACUUGACAAUAUCAACAUUGGGAAUUGCUCUCUCGCAAAUGUAUCUCUCCCAUUGAACGCGACAGAUUCCCCACUUCCAGUCCCAUCCACAAACCUAACUCUCAAAUACGUUGCAUUGGGUCGAGGAACACAGAACUACACCUGUCCAUCAGAUGCGUCCUCAGAUUCCAAAACCACCACCAAGCCCAGAGCCAUAGGUGCUGCCGCCACACUCUUUGACGCCUCUUGCAUUGCAUCGUCAUCUCUAGCUCUCCUCCACGAAGUCCCCGCAAUUAUCAGCGCCACUCCUAUUGGAUCUCUCGCGUUCAUGGCAACCCUUGUGGCCCAGGGCACGAGAAGUACCAAUCUCAUCAUUGGGGAGCACCACUUCAACGCUGAUGGAGACCCGGUUUUCGACAUGGCACUGAGUGGCUCCAAGCUCUGGAUUGCUACUAAUAAAAUAGCCGCUACCCCAGCUCCCAACUCAACAUCAAAAUCAUCCGGCGAUGUUCCGUGGCUUAAGCUAGGACACAAGAAGGGGGACGGUAUUCAGGAAGUCUACCGAGUUGUGACGUCUCAAGGUGACCCGCCGUCUACGUGUGCUGGUCAAAACACAACGAUUCAAGUUGAUUAUGCUGCAGAGUAUUGGUUCUACGGGUGA